UGGUGAAUAUGUUGUACGCAUGGACAGUUCUUGGUAGGAUAACACGCUUUCGGCGAGUGGUUAGCUUUGCCUCAACCCCAACUUUGGAAAGCAUGGCAAUAGUUGUUGCCUAGUUUCCCAGAGGGGUGUCAGAAGACAGUUAAAUCAACGCUUUUCUGUAUCUGUUGCAGGUUUUGUCCAAAGUAUGACUGUGCACGCAGUUUGCUUACAGUAGGCUCGCCUGCUUGCAACAGCGAGCUAAGAUAGCUAACUUCCUUUAGUCCAAAAUGACUGACUGCUGCGCUGCAGCGAACUGUGAUUACCAGCUACGGCAAUCCGAGCCCAGCGCUCAGCUCUUCAGCUUCCCUCUGGAUCCGGAGCGCUGUAAGCAAUGGCUGAACAACUGUCAUCGCCAGGAUUUGGCAUCUCAGCCUCCAGAGCAGUUGCACAAGCUUUACAGACUUUGUGCUAAACACUUUGAGCCCUCCAUGAUUUCCCACCAGUCUGCAUCCAGCUGUGUGUUGACAGAAGAUGCUGUUCCCACUAUAUUUAAUGUGACAAUGUCCGUGAACCAACAGUCUGUUGGGAACAGAAAACGAGCCGCAGAGUCGUCAGAAGAAGAAGCAUCUGCUGUGAAGAAAACAAAAGAAAAUACACCAGCACACGUGAAGGAGGAAAAAGAUGAGGAUGAAGAGGGAGCAAAACUAAACACUGCAGGGGGUGAACUGCAGCAAGAAAACCAAACCCAGGAGGAUGUAGCCAUCUCUAAAGCAAAAGAGACUCUAAAGAUUUAUUUCAAAGAGAUCCUGGCUCUGACAGGAUUCAGCAUCAACGGAGCCAACAUCAGUUCUGACCAGCCAAUUGCUGGUGCAAACGGCCAGCAAGCGCUCAGUCGAGUUUGUCUGGAACAAAUAGACAAGAAAGAAGUCCUUCAGUUCAGCGAACACUUCAUGCGGGAGGAGAUCCAAAACAGCCUGAGACUGGCCCGGUUCUUCUCUAUUCUGCUUCAGGAUGUAACGAGCAUAGAGGGCAAGGAUCAGAUCCCAGUUUUCAUCCGAUCCGUCACCAUUGCCGGAUUCCCACAGAAGCACCUGAUAGGCUUUUUACCAUGUGACCUGGAUGCAGAGAGCAUGUUUUAUAUGCUCCUCUCAGAGCUGCGAAAUAAGUGGGGGCUGAGGAUGGAGCACUGCAGAGGACUCACCUAUCUCAUUACAGGCAGCAUGUGCCAGAAAAUGAGAGAUGUCACCUGCAGAAUCCUGCAGGAAUUUCCGCAAGUAGUCUUGUCACCAAGCGAUCCAUAUGCAUUUAACAUAUGGAUCAUUCGCUGCAUGCCUGUGCCCUCCAUCCAGAAGGUGGCAGACACUGUAGAAGAGGUGGCUUCAUUACUCAGGAGAACCCCAGAGCUGAGCAGGCGGUUGGAAGGAAAAAUUCAGCUGGCGUACAGCCAUAUAAAAGGGGAAGUAGACCGCAUCAAAGCAGCCAUCACUGGGAAUUGGGAACGUGGCACAGAUGCCUUCCAAACCAUGCUAGAGAUUCUUGAGCCAUUUCUCAACUGUAUCAAUGAGAUCAUUUCAAAAGUGGAUGAAGAUACCGCUGAACAGAUGGCCAAGCUCAAGCCCGUGUUAAAGAAUUUUAACUUCAUCAUGACACUUGUUGUUCUGAAGAACACCCUCUGUUGUGUGAGUAUACUUAACUCAAGUCUCAGGGGAAUCAUAAGCAUCAGCAGUACUCUGCAGUACACAAUAUCCAAUGCCUUAAAGCUCAUCAGCAAAUACCAACAGGAACUUGCAAUAUUUCACCGUAAAUGGUUCUCCGAGGCUGUUGGUCGAGCCAAAAAACUCGGAGUGGAGGUCACCAAACCCGAGAUGGCCCAAGCAGACACAAGUGAGACUCCCCUGGAGGACUUCUACAGAGAAACUAUGAGUCGGCCCAUCCUGCAGUACCUUGUAGCAGAAGUGAAGAGGGUUUUCAGCAUCGAAAUGGUGAGGAUUCUCCGCUGGCUCUCAUUAGUGCCAUCUUACAUGGCUGACCACAAUUUUAGCAUUCGCAGAGAUAAAGUAGCAGACGCCAACCUGAACAACCUGGCACGCCCAGACACCUUCUACGAGGAGCUCGGCUGUUGGGAGGUGAAGUGGAGGCAUGCAAGCAAGCGCAGAAUCCUCCCGACCACAGUGUUCGCUACUCUCAAGAUCCCAGACAUCGGAUUUUACCCAAAUGUGCAGAGCUUGCUGAGGGUGUUGGGGACAGUUCCGUGUGUCAACGCAGAGGCGGACGUCUACGGCCAAUACCACAUGGUGCUGGAGCGGUGCCAUUCUUAUCUGACUGACACAUCAAAGGACCAAAGACAAUGCAACAUGGCGUUUGUGUAUGUGAAUCAGGAUGUGCACUUUAACGUUGAAAACAUGGUGGAGACCUAUGUCCAGAAGCAUCCAGAAAUUCUGCAGAUGCUGCAAGUGGAUGACAGUUCCACAGACAAGCCCCCACAAGUUGUGGCCCACGGAAACCAUGCAGAAAAGGAUACGGAAGAAGAACUGCAGCUAAUUAAUCUAGAGAUGGAUGCUGAAAGACUUGUGGAGAUGAAAUGUGCGGAGACUGAUCGAGAAGCUAUUAAAUCUGCUUUGCAGGCUGCUGUGGUGGCCGCCUGCAGCAGUCAAAGCAAGCUAGAUAGCGAGGCUUGUCCUGCCCAGGAUGGAGAAGUGGAGUAUGUGACCAAGUCUCAAAUGAAUGAAGUCCUCACUAUUUGUGAGAGUGCUGUCAAGGAGGGGAUCCUCAUGGAAGUGGGGAGCUCGUUCUUUUCUCUGAUUAUUGAUCGUGUUGUGAAACUUGGAGAAAGAGACUAUCUCCCAAUCUUCCUCAGAUUUGUGGACAGUUUUGAUGUUAUGCGGUUAGAGUUGAUAGGGUUUGUUGAGGCAAAUCUGGAAUGCGAUGCGUUGAUACAAACUCUUCUUGAGAAAAUAACAGUGGAGUGGCGUCUUGAUUUAAAAAACUGUCGAGGCCAGGCUUACCUUGGCUCUGGAGAUGUCUCCUACAAGCUUAAAGCUUUUGCCUGCAAAGUCCAGGAGAAGUAUCCUCUCGCUAUUUGCACACACUGUUCUUCUUACUCUUUCAACACCUGGUGGUCAAAAUCUAUCCCAGUGCCUGCAGUUAAAAGGGCCAUAGAAACAUUUGAAGAGAUCUUGAUGUUUUUUGGCGCCAGUAGUGCUAGAGGAAAACAGCUUGAUCAUGUGAUAGCCUAUGGUCUUAGAGAAAGUUACGAAAAGGUCCAGGAGUUACAAGGGACCUUUUGUACCACUUGGCAAGAGAAGCAUGACUCUUAUGAGGUGUUUGUGCAAAUGCUUGAGCCGCUGGUCGAAUGUCUAGAAAAAAUCAAAAACAACCCACAGAGGUGGAAGGCUUUUGUGUCUGAACAAGCAGCAGUCCUUCUCCACAAAGUGAUGGAGUUUGAUUUCAUCAUGGCCAUGGUGGUGUUGAAGAAUGCAUCGUCCUUCACCAGAGAACUUAGCGCAGGUAUUCAGAAGGACCAGUUCAGUGUUGCAUCCCAGCUUUGCCAAAUCAGUGGUAUAGUGGCAACUCUUAACAGGGUGAAAACAAACAUGAAGGUAUUUCAUCAGAACUGGUUUGACGAGGCCUGUGCGAUUGCCCAGUGUCUUCGAGUGCAGAUUGAAGUGCCUGAAAAUGCUGUCCCAAAAGAUGGCAUGAUCAAGCCAGUCACCUUUUACAAAGACUGCUUGAGUGUCCCCCUUGUAGACAACCUCAUCAGUGAAGUGAAGGACCAUUUCUCAGAGGACCACAAGGAAGCUCUGAACUUCCUGUCCCUGGUUCCAUGCUCAAUCACAGUGAGUUACAUGUUUGAGAGCUUGAAGUCCAAGCCCCCCCUCUACAGCAGUGACCUUCCCGAUGCCGAAAACUUCUUUACAGAGCUGUGUUGUUGGAGAGUGACCUGGAAGACGAAAGUGGCUUCAGUGACUAUUCCGAGCUCCAUAUUUCACACGCUGCGUUUGCCGCUCAUGCAGUACUUUGGAAACAUCAAUGCUCUGCUAAGAAUCAUGUCGGUGCUCCCCAGCACCAAACUGGAGGACUGUGGUGUUGUCAUGCGCCAAAAAAAGUUCCAAGACUACCUUAGAAACACAAAUCCCAGAGACAGAUCUCCAUGUUUGACCAUGCUGCAUGUGAGCACAGAUUUCAGUAGAGACUUGGACCGCAUGGUGACCCAGUGUCUGAAGGUGACUCCGCAAGCCCUGGAGGGUAUCUGUCUGGAUAAGGAAUCAAAGAGUCUCGCCAGGAACUCCGAAAAUAAUAUGGAAAUUGUCUGUGUCAAAGUUGAUAUUGAGGAGCCCAAAAUUCUGCAAUCUCCUGAAAGGUUGCAGGAUGAAGACAUGAAAACAGCAGACGAGGAUGGGCCUGUAGGAAACAACCGCCAAAGUCUUGCUACGGUUUUUAGGCUGGCUGCGCUGCUGGGAAAGAAGAAUAUGAGCCUCAGUGACCUCUCGGAGGAAGACAGAGAGACACAUGUUCAGGAGCUCAAGUUGUGUCACUGGUUUGCGAAUGAAAGUAGAUCAGUCCCACCCAUUAGCGAUGAUGAAAUGGUGAACCUUCUCAUAAAUGGAAUCAGAGAUGUCAUCCUUAAGGAAAUACAGGAAUCUCCGUUUUUCUCUCUUAUCACGGAUAAACCUGUCAGAGUCUCCGAUCAGACCCACCUUCCUGUUUUUGUUCGGUACGUUGGGGAAUCUGCUCCGAAGGUAGAGCUCAUGGGUUUUUUACCCUUCGAUGAAAACUAUAAUGUUGAUAGGCAAGCAAGUAACCUUGCAAAGACUCUUACAGAGGACUGGGGCUUACCCAUGUCCCAGUGUCGAGGGCAGGCGUUUAUGCAUUUGGGUUUGGGUUUUCAGAGCCUGAAGAAGAUGUCUCUGAAUUUCCUGAAGACCUACCCACUCUGUGUGGUCACACCCAGCGAGUCUUGUGGCCUUUCCUACUGGUUGGCCAGUAGCGUUCCCUGCCCCUCUGUGGCAAAGAUGUUGGACGUCACAGAAGAUUUGCUGCUGUUCUUUGACGAGUCUCCUUGUCUAGAGGAACAGCUGGCACAAGCUGUUGACGGGCUUUUGAAUGUGCCAAGAGAGGCUUUAGAGGAAUUCCCAGAGACGUGCUGCUCAAAGUGGAAAAAGAGAGAGGACUUCUUUGACAUCCUGGCUGACACACUAGAUGGUGUUCUGUCCUGCCUGGAUGCUGUUAGCUCUAGUGACACAGGAGCCAAAUCAGUGCAUGCACAAGUUCUUUCUACUGCCCUGAGGAACAUGGACUUCAUUGUCACCUUGGUGAUUCUGAGGAAUGCCUGUUCUCCUCUCCGUAACUGCAGCACCGUUUUCCGCUGUGGAAACCCUGCUGACAUUCUCUGUGAGAUUGAGAAAAUCCCUUCGAUCAUGGAGACCUUAGAGAAGAUGUUGGAGAACGUGAACACUGUGCACUCUACCUGGUUUGAACAGGCGUUCCAGCUCGCCACCAAGAUUGCUCCUGAACAAGUGUGCUUCUCAGAGGAAGCAGGCAGCUAUGAUUCUCCUGAGAUUUACUACAGGGAAAAUCUUAGCAUUCCACUUCUCAAAAGUCUUGUUGAUGAAAUGAAAUAUUGCUUCUCAGACAGUCACCUCAAGGGUCUGUCAGUCCUGGCAUUGCUGCCUUCAUGCAACCCACAGCCCAUACUGCCAGAGUCCACAGACAAGCCCUUCAGUUUAUACCUUACAGACCUUCCUGAGCCUGAUGCAGCAGAGCAGGAAAUUACCACCUGGGCGUCUGUCUGGAGAGAGAAAUACCAGGAUGUUGCUCCUCCAACAUCCAUUGCAGAAGCACUUGCUCAUCCUGAGUCCAAGAGUCACCCAAUUGUUACGUUACUGCUUAGGCUGGUUGCCGUCCUGCCCAGUGUCAGUAUGGAGUGUGACCUGAUGAAGACCACCCUGAAUGACAUCAGGGAUCUGUUCAAAAACACUGUAUGUAGAGGCAGCAGAGUGAGUCACGUUAUGCUUCUCUCUCACUGCACAACACUAGAGAAGCUACCACAGGUCAUCGACAAAUGCAUGGAGGUUGAUCCAGAGAGCAGCCCGUGCCUGUCCCAGGUGAUGGAAGCUCUGCAACGGCUGAAGUUAGACACAAGAGAUCAUGGAGUAAAACCAGCUGAAGCAACAGGAGCGUCUGGCUCCAGUGAAGCAGAGGAACUUGCAGAUGGAUUGGUGAAACCAAAUAAAAAUGAGAUAAAACCAGCAGUUGCUCCAGGACCUAGAACAACUGUCUCAUUCUACGAGCCACAACUACGCGAAGAAAUCCUCAAGGAACUGUGGGACUCUCAGUUCUUCACGGUGAUCACAGAGCAGGUGGUAGAUAUUGACGGUGAGCUCUAUGUCCCCCUGUGCAUCCGAUUCUUAAACAAGGAGGACAUCCAGUGUGAGGAAACCCUGGCCUUCAUCCCUUUUACUGAAGACUUGAUCGAUCUUGCCGAGUCAAUUGAAACAGCCCUGUCUGAGAAAUGGGGGCUCAACAUGGAGUACUGCAGAGGACAGGCACUGCUAAGCGUUGGUGAAGUCGGAGCCUGCAUGAGGGCAGUGAGUGUAGCCAUAGCUAAGAAGUACCCCCAUGCUGUUAGAACGCUCAGCUCCGCUUUGUCGUUGAACGUAUGGCUGGCCAAGUCUUCCCCGGCAGCAGAGGCCGCUGACGGCUCGGCCCUCAUCGGUAGACUGUUGCACUGGCUCACCGAGGAUGCAGAACGCCAGAAUAAGCUGGAAGAAAUGAUUGUUUAUGUUUUCCAACAAGAAGACCGACAGGGCAGCGACUUGAGUGACAGACUUGUAAAGAACUGGGAGAAGAGUCAUGACAUGCAUGAGAUCAUGGUCGAGAUUUUAGAGGCAGUCAUGCUCAGCUUGAACGAGCUGAAGGUGGAGGGAAGUCCCUCUGACCGGCAGCAAGCGGCUCACUUCUUGGAUUCAAUCAGAACCUUUGAGUUUGUCCUUUCUACUGUGGUCCAAAAGAACGUCCUAAGCAUAACCAAAAGGCUGAGCCAGUCUCUUCAGGGUAAGCCUUUAGACAUGCUGCUGUCUGUGAACACCUUGCCUGAUGUCAAAGCGGCACUCGAUAAACUCAAGAGCGAUUUAGAUGUUCAUCACAAGUCCUGGUUUGAGGAAGCUGUCACUCUAGCGUCCAAACUCCAUGUCUCAAUGUUGCAUUCGACUCUUCUUGAGCCUUUGAGUGAGUUUUACAAAGAAUCUGUUAGCAUGAAGGUUGUUGAGCACACAAUAGCAGAAAUCGAAGACCUCUUCUCUGAGAAGGUUCUGGAUACUUUGAGAUGUCUGGAGAUUGUGCCUUACGCAAUGUCCAAAGUAGAAACCAGCAUUCUUAGUGGUCUUGUGUUUCGUCUGUACAAGGAGGAUUUGCCAGACCACACCUCCCUUCACUCUGAGAUGAAGGCGUGGAAGGAGAAAUGGUUGGAUCCUCUGGCAGGUUACCUUCCCAGCACUGUGCUUGAUACGCUCAAGGCGUCACAGAUCAGGAGUUUUAGCAACAUCGAAACUCUCCUCAGGCUUCAGGUCAUCUUACCGUUUUCAAGACGGGAGAGCACCUUCAAGCAGGGGAAACGGAGUCUUCAGGAGUUCCUCCAGCAGGAGAAGAGGUCUCUGACAGAUCUCCAUCCUCUGUAGAAGCCGUGGGCUGACAUGGGCUGUGUUUUAGAGUCACAGGACUGAUGAGUCCAGCCUGUUUGAAGAACUUCUGAAUCCCCUCUUCUACUGUACAUUAAUGGAUGUUCCUUAGGUUGCCCUCCCACAGAAGCCCUGUUCUGUGUUUUGUUUUCCUUUUUCUGAUCAUGUAGUUUGUACAGUUAAACUGCCCAAGGGGACCAACGUCGAGGCUGAAACGAGAAGAAAACGCCCGAUGACGGUUGUCGAUGCUUUAGUGUGCCUUGAUGAGACCCUAGUUUUCUCAGUGUUUCAUGAUCAUGUUUUAAAUGUCCCACAGGUUUUGUUUCCUGAACAGCCAGAUUGAUUUCUCCUUCCCUGUUAUGAGCUGAUACUAAUCAUAAACCUGCACCCCCAUCUAUCCUGGGCACCCAUAGACGCGGUUAGCGCGGUCUAAUCCUUCCUCUCCUCGCAGGAAUGAAUUUGCUGUAACGUUUCUCUGAGAAUAAUGUUUCCUUUAUAGGAAAAUCUUCAUAUAUAUUUGUCCAAAAAAAGUAAUAAAAUGAUCCAAAAAGUUGUUUUGAA